AUGGAUUCCAGCUCAGGGGACACGGAAACUUCCGCACCACCACCCGCACGCCUAAAUCCUGCAGAGAAAACUUUCCAUUCCCCUCAACUCGAUGUCUUACAAGAAGAGGCGGUGGACUUCCCUCCUAGACCGGAGCUGAUCGAAAAGCUGCGAUCCUUGCCCAAACCCGGCACCCAUUUCGAACAGGACAGCAAAGUGUCCAACGUCAGGCACGAGGUCCACGAGUACAUUUCGACAAUAUUUGGGCAAUGUUUAGAGCUCCCUAACCCGAAGACCCGUUCCGGUGCUCUACUCAGCCUAUGUGAUAUCAUCAGUGCAUUGGCGCAGUCGCCAAAUAACACGGUCGGACACCUGGCAUGGGAACGGUUCGAUGACAAGGAUAAAAUCGUUCUGAUAAUUUGGCAUAUCAUCAGAGCCAUGACCCCAAACGAGAAGAGUGAAAUAAUUCAAAGUUCCACAAACCCAGACUCUUUGAUGUCGAAACUCCGACAGCUGGUUGAGCUCGGCCACCACUUCGACCCAGUACGACAGGCGCUGGAGGUUUUGAGGAACCUCAAUCGGGAUGAAGAUCAUGAUGAAUGGGAUUCGUAUGACUGGCAAGAUUGGCGAGAAUUCAAUGAAAAGAUCAGAGACAGAGAGACAGACAACACAGCGAGCGACUCCGAACUGUCCAGAAAUGUUAUUCAAUUUCUGGAACAUAUUCAAGCAGCCAUCAAGGCCAUGGUGGCAAGGUGUGUGAAAUUCCCAGUCCAAGGCACAUUUUACGGUGCCCUCUCAACGCUCUGCAAGAUUGGCGAGAUGCUCGCAACCUCAUCAAGUUCUUUGGUCCAUGUUGCUGUGAGAAAGUGGUUCGCGUCCAACACCGUUCUCGAGCAGGCGAUUUUUGACAUCACCAACGCAAUCGAGCUUCCUCAACUCGUACUGAUCUUUGAGGACAUGACUAACCAAGACGCUCUGGGACCCAGACUACGCGAGUUAGAGACUCUAGGAAGCAAGCACAACUUUUUCAGCGGCCUUGGGUCAUUCCUGGAUGGCGUGCUCAAUGUCAUGGAUGGAGGUGCGAUGGUGACCGUGCAAGUGAUGGCGGAGAGGGAGGCUAGUUGA